UCUCCGUCGCUGGGUGUUGGCAGCCCCCUCGUCUCCAGUCCCCUCCGCCACUAGGGCUUCCCGAGGGUUCGGAGCCUCCUCCCUCCCACAAUCCGCGGCGUUCGGAACCCCUCCCCCAUCGCCGGCGCUCGGAGCCCGUCUCCGUCCCCGCACAGACCUCGGUCCCCGGUUCCCGCCAGGGAUGGCGGCGCGGACUCUGGCGGGCGCCUUGGUCCUGGCGCUGUGGGUUCGGGCGCUGGCUCCGGCGGGGGCCGUGGACGCUAUGGGCCCUCACGCCGCCGUCCGUCUGGCCGAGCUGCUGACCCCGGAGGAGUGCGCCCAUUUCCGGUCGCUCCUGGAGGCGCCCGAGCCCGACGUGGAGGCCGAGUUGUCCCGGCUUUCUGAAGACCAACUGGCGCGGCCCGAGCCGCUCAACACCACGUCGGGGUCUCCGGGCCGGCGGCGGCGAGAGGCGGCCGAGGACCCGGCGGGCAGGGUAGCCGGGCCGGGAGAGGUGUCCGACGGCUGCCGGGAGGCGCUGGCGGCCUGGCUGGCCCCCCAGGCCGCGUCCCUGUCCUGGGACCGCCUGGCUCGGGCCCUGCGGCGCAGCGGCCGCCCCGACGUGGCCAGGGAGCUGGGCAAGAACCUCCACCAGCAGGCGACGCUGCAGCUGCGCAAGUUCGGGCAGCGCUUCCUGCGGCGACCCGGCGCCGCCGCCCGCCCGCCCCUUGCCCCGGCCCCGCGCCCCCGGCGCGCCGCGGUCCCCGCGCCCGACUGGGACGCCCUGGAGCUGAUCGUGGAGCGCCUGCCGCAGCCCCUGUACGAGCGGAGCCCCAUGGGUUGGGCGGGGCCGCUGGCGCUCGGCCUUCUCACCGGCUUCGUCGGGGCGCUGGGCAGCGGGGCGCUGCUCGUCCUGCUCACGCUGUGGAUCACCUGCGGCGGCGACCGGGCGUGGCCCGGCAGCCCCGGCCCGCGCGCCCCGGUGCAGGGCUGGUGGGAAACAAAGCCGCUCCUUCCUGAAGAGUGGCGCGCGCCCCCGGGGGCCUGGGCUGCAGAUGGGCCAGAUUCUCCCUCACCUCACAGUGCCGUUGCCUUCAGCUGUAAAAUGGGAGCACAGUCUUGGGGCAGUGGUGCUUUGGACGGUUUAUAAACGUUAUGAAAUACUGAAA